CUCAGACUCGCAGUCACACACACACAGGAGAUAUUGCUCACCAGUUCUCUCCCACACACACAGAGGGAAAGGAGACAACAGCAAGGUACUAGAGGUAACCAAAAAAAUAGAAGAAAAAGUGUGUGAAGUAAGAGUGCAACAUAGGACACAAGAAGUAAAAGAGCAACAAGACGGAAAGAGAAAAGAUGACAAUUGGCAAGAACUCCAGGAAAAGCUCAACCAGGAGCUCCAUCCGGGCCCCGAAGUUUCUGGAUAAGUCCAGCGGCUUCUACGGUCGCCUUGAUGAGCCCGAGACCACCAGAGAAGUGGAGGAAGUGAGGGAAAACGAAGUAGAGGGGAGAGGGAAUGGGACGGCAGAUGGCAGCAGAGAAGGGAGAGCCAUGAGUAGCCCAGCCCCAAGUGUGGUGCACAAUUCUGGUGCAGAGGAGAGGGAAGACGCCGAGGCAUUUGACUUCAAUGAGGGGAUAAUGGAAGACGAUGGCGAAACUCUCCUGCGCAGGAAACCCAGCCGCCGAAGCAGCAGGUGGAGAAGCAGCUCCAGGAGGAAACAGAAGGAGGGGAGGAUCGAGGAAGAUGCAGACCGAGACGAGAAGCCCAACUUAAACACGGAGACUUCGGUUGACCCCCACGUCCUGGAGGGCACCAGGGUGAUGGUUGAGGUAGAGAUGGAGAAAGUGAUGAAGAUGGAGGGAGAAAAUGAGAAGGCGGGAAAAGGGAAGGAGCCCGCGCUCGUUCACUUCCCAGUCCGGGAGGAUGAGGACGACCAGGUCCUCAUCAGAGACAAGAAGAGGGGGAGAGAAGAGGAGGGAGAGGAAGAGAGCAGGAUGAAGAGAGAGCAAGAGGAGGGUAUGAAGGCGGUGAAGAGGAACACAAUGAAGAACUACCGCAAGGUGAGAGAAAACAGACAAAAAAAAAUACAAAGUGAGAGCCUUAUGUUGUUUCUGUCAAUUUGUUAUCAACAUAUUGCAGAAGAACACUUAUUAACUUCCGCUUUCUGUAUCUCACAUUUACAUAAAUUCCACAUUCAGCCUUACCCCACCUGGUUAAACUUUAAUCCCCUGAAGGUUACAUAAUUGAGUCCUCAGAGUUUGUGGAACAGAGGGUAAAGUUCUCCCUCAACAUCCUUCACAUACUGCACACUGGGCUAUUAAUCACCGUGUAAACUAACCGUGUAAAAUAGAGUCAAGGUACAGCAGCCAUUGGUGCAUGUCACCAACACAGUAAGUAACUUCUGACAGGAUUUUUCCUUUACGUCAUGUUUAAUGACAUGAAAAAAAUUAAGAUGGAGCAGAGGUUCUACUAAUGGGCUUUUAGCUUUACAAGUAAACCAGCAGUGGUGCACCUGAUUCACAAAGUCCUAAAGAUUUUCUGCUCCCACUGAAACACAUGCACAGAGGUGACAUUCCUGUGGCUCCUGUAUCAUGUCCUUUGAUCAGUGUAACGAAGUAUGGCAGCGGUGACCUGCCUACUAAACCCACACCAUAAAAACAUUCCACUGCUGUUAACAAAUCAGCUGGACCCUCUGGCCUCACAGUCUGACCUCCUGUCAGAUUUGAUGACAGUCACACCGAAGACACUGACUGUGCCUGAAGAGCAUUCAUUUCUGACUAUAAGGGUGAGUGUAGCUAGGAUACCUGUAUGUUAAAAGCAAGUAUCCUAUUUCUGCUCACUCUCUGUAGCUGAGAACUACUGGUUGACUAUUCUUGAGUUGAACAAAAAUCACCAGCUACAGUGGUUCCCAACCAGGGGGUCCCAAGAUAAAUCUGUGUGGUCACAAGAAGAUAAACAGGCAAGAAACCUGAAAAACUGUAGUUUUUCUACACAGAGAUAGGUGUAUUUUUCCAAAUGUUUCUUUUUGCUGCUAUACAGCAAUAGUUUUACAUCUUCAGUUACCUAAACAGUUUUCAAAUAGAGUCAACUUUUGUGACAUGUGCAACCUGUACUGAGGGGUCAUUGGCUGAAGAGGUUGGGGAAGCAGUCGCUUCGAGCAACACUACAGAGCUAAUAUGGCUGAUAUUUAUAACUGUCAAACUGUUUUCAUCAAUACCUGAGACUGAGACCAUGUAGUUCCAGACAAAAUUGCUUUACUAGCACCAUCAUAAAGUUAAAAGUUUUAUUUGCCCAGUGCAUUGGCUAAUGACCAAAUACCCGCAAAUCUGAUGCCAUUUCCAUCAGCCUUGGUUGUACUUUUUCUUAAGUGCUGAUUAGCACCUGUUAGCAUGCCAACACACAAAACAAAGAUGGUAAAACAUACAUGUUAAAUAUCAACAUAUUAGCAUUGUCACUGUGCAUAUAUUAGCAUUUAGCUCAAAGCACCAAAACCUCAAAGACUUGUAGACUCGUCUUGUUUCCAUGACAUUCACUUAGCAGCAGUGCAACAAAAAAACAAAGCAACUGCCUUCAUGAUAACUAGGUGUUUAGUAUUGGUACAAAACUAUAAAGAUGCUGUAUGACUGUAUACAUCUGUUUUCUCUCACACUUCUGAUCAUAUCUAGCAGUCAUUUUAAGGUCAACCUUAUUGGCAUAUUUUUGACCUUGCUAACCUUUACCCUCCUCUU